CAGAUCAAGACCUAAUCACCGAUAUAGGAAAAUUUGUUCCAAGUGCGUUUUGUAAUCAAACAGUUGUUGGCAGGCGUACCCCGAGCUGUACUUCAGGAGCAAUAAUACAAGUGUUUACUUCUUGUCAUGGUCCAUGCAGCUAAUAUAUGAAAAUGCUCUCUACAUCCUGCAUCAUCUUAAGUAUUUUGCUCCCGGUAUUGUUUUCGGGAAUUGGCUGGCUGUUGAUCAGAAAAGAAGCACUCAGUUGGUUGCCCUGGAUACACAGACAGGAUUGUUGGUUUGACAUUGAAACCGGAGAGCCAGUGUGCAGAUGGUUGUGCAGUUAUGGUCAUUACAGUAGCCCUGGAAUGGAGCAUUGUCAGAAGUGGCUGACCUGUGAAGAGAUUUUGCAGAAGUUUGAUUUCCUUAAACCCAUUGGGCAUGGAGCUGUUAAAGGGGUUUUCUUGGUGAUGUACCAGGAUCAAAAGUAUGCUUUCAACUACCUUGACAGUGGAUAUGUUGAAGAUUUUACACAUGGAAAGGACUUAGUCAGAGAUCUACAACCAAGUCAAUAUGUUGUGCAACUCAUAGGAAUUUGUGAGAAUAUUUAUGUAACAACAUAUCACAAAUUAGGCACAGCAAAGAAUUUUGAAAAUAUUUUAAAAGAAGCAAACUUUGAGAAGUACAACAAUAUUGCCACAAGAUUUAGACUGUGUAUCAGGUAUGCUGAGAUUAUUGCCUUUCUCCAUAGCAGCCCUUCGGGGGUGAGAGUCAUGUGUGAUACAAAUGAUCUGAACAAAACACUGGAUCAAUUCCUUCUUACUGAUGACCUAAACAUUGUUGUCAAUGAUUUAGACGCUUUGCCCCAGGUCGACAAAGAAAAUGGUAAACUGGUGAAAUGUGGCCACCGGGAGUUAUUUGGGGAAUUUGUUGCUCCUGAGCAGUUGUGGCCAUUUGAAGAAAGAAAUUUUACGGAUUCAGAGAUGCCAGGUUAUGAUGAAAAAACUGACAUCUGGAAAAUGCCAGACAUGUGUGAUUUCUUUCUUGGUACUUCUAAAGAAGCAGAGGCUGUAAAAUUCCAUUUGUUUAGUAUCCAUAAAAAAUGUAAAAGAGAAGAGCCACAACUUCGACCAAGUGCAGCUGAUGUCCUCAGUGAAUACAACAGAGUGUGGAAGGAGUUGGAAAUUGAUGAAAAACAGUUACCGACAAUUCAUGCAUAGGUCACCACAGAGUAAUUACUUUGAACUGGUUAUUAUUGCUUGAUAUGAUAAGAAGGUAGCUAUUUUGAGAACUUAUAUGAAGGCAGAGACUGCAGGUGCCUGUGUUAUAUCACGAAUGGUAAUACAUUCUUGGUAGUAUAUAUUCAACUUCAAAAAUUUCACCGCUGGAAGUGUAAUUGUUUUCAGUAGGAAGAUGACCUGAAAAAUACUUACAAAAUUUUACACGUAUGUUUUUGUUUAUUUCUUAUACUUUUUAGUUCAUUUUAUACAACAUAUCUGUUUGUACUGUAGACACGUAUAAAAAAAAA